GUGAGCGAAUCCAUACGCAAAACUUGAUGUCAUUCCCUCAUCAAAUCCCAUCACUUGCUCUGGCAAUUGGGACAAUUUCUGUCCUAUUUGUUUUUGAGGUCCCACUUUUCUCGGAAGAACGGGAUUCCAAUGGCAUCUCGGAAUAUUCCAAGUUCAUUUUUUGUACGAUUUCGUGUAUUCUCCUUGCCAGGGAAUGGAAGAAUCAGAAAAAGAACACGGGAUUCCGCUCGGACCGUGUUGAAGGUGGAGGUCACAGAUAUCUCGGUCUUGCAUUUUUCUGCUGCUACGAGACUUUCCUUGGGUACGAAUUGAUAAAUCAUUUCCGCUACAUUUUCGUCGCCCCAGACUGUUUCGAAUGUAUUACAAUUUUUGAAAUCCUUGUCCAAAUGUGCCUCGCCUUGGGUCUCAUGGAGGCGUUGUAUAACAAAGAGAAAUACAUCCCAAGCAACAAUUCACUCUCGUACUACACUUGGAGCAUCGUGGGCGCCACCUCCCUCAGCCUCGCUUUCCAUCACGUCAUGGAAGAAAUAAUUUUAACCCAGAUUGAAAUUUGUGUCAGGAAGAGGAUCCUAAGAAACCUUGAGUAUCCAAUCCAAUCAUGGGCCGAAUAUGUCCCAAAACUUUUUAAAAAGAGGGUGAAAUGUUUCCAAUACGACGCAUUCCAUGAACAAGCAGACUUCAUUAUUCACCUACUUCCGGUGGGGCCGGAAUUUUACUUCCUCUCUGCAUUCUUCUGCGCCAACAAGUGGCACAGGUUGGAGGUCAAAGACUGUUCCGAAGAAAUAAUUACAGGUGAAUCAACCAAUGUCACGAGAAAAGGAAUGACGCGUCUUCGUCGAGCAAAUUCCAUGCCAUCAUUCACUCCAUUGGAAACCCUCGUGACGAAACAAUCCCUCGAAAUAGAAGGCCUCCGCCAUAAAAAGGCAUCCCCCUCCUUCAAACUAACCAUAAUCAUGUCGUGUAUUGCAGUCAGCGUUUUUACGGUUGGGUCGAUAUCUAUAUUUUAUGUCUUGAUGCAUCAAGCGGAACACAUGUCGGCGGUUAUAACAUAUAUCGUGCAACAAUUUAUUUUCAAUAUCGCAAUUUUGUCCAUAGAAAUAUUAAUUUUUGUAACCAAACUGAACGGCAGGGGCCAAAGUGACCCGACUCAUGGAGGUCAUCACGAGUUGGACAAGUUGCUUCUGAUUUGUCCCCUUCUUCAACUUGGGAUCCUUGUCACCCUGCGCGUUCUUCCGAAUAUAAUUGGAAUCCCGUUUACGGUGAAGGGACCCCUUGUUGGACACCUUUGGACAUGUAUCGACAUAUUUUUGGCCUUUCUCCUCUGGGGAGAGGCAGCAUUUCAGGCCUUCUUUAUUUCACAGCUGCACGACACCCCGAAAAAGCUGAUUCGUAAAGAUAAGUGGGUCAAGUUGUCCAUGUUGCUGCUAUUUUUGCUGAAUUUCGGGGUUUGGUUGAGUUGGACGCUGCACGCUAAACAGAUUUCUUUACAUGGUAGAUCGAUGCAGAUUUUUGGAGAGAUUACGUGGAUCGUCAUAGUCUUUUGUACAGUGCCUUUUGUUCUUUUCUGCUUUGGGCAUUCGGCAGCGAGUUUUUUAGACCUGUAUAUUUCUAUGAAUUAAUCCAUGUAUAAACGCGUAUAUGCAGGAGAAAUUGUAAUUUAUUAGUUUCAGUGAAAUAAACUGUUUGAAUCGUCGUCACAAA